AUGGUACACUACCUCCUCGUAUUAACACUUGCAGCGGCUGUCAGCGCUAGAACAGCUAGCACAAACCAAAACAGUCUGGACGAGGGCAGAAGUUCAGAUGACACAAUAUUAGGAGACCUCAAAGUUGCCUAUGAAACAUACAGAGACUGCAGUGGUAGCGAUAUUGGCAGCUGCUUGAAGUUGAAGCUAGCCAAGGCGCUUAACAGGAUCUCAAAGAGCGAUGAAGUCACUCUUCUCGGUGGAGUCACGAUCACAAAAGACAAGGAUGCAGUCGAGAAAGUGCAGGAGGAGGCGAUUCCAAGAAAUCUUGAUGAGAGCUCCUUGGACAACCUCAUUUUGGACAAAAUCGUUGGAUUCAUGCAAUCUCAUACGGUCCAGAUCAAAUUCCCCACCGGUUCGGACCUCCAGCGCGCGUUCGACGAAGGUCGUGGAAGGAGGAAGAAACUUGCCCCACUCCUUGCGAUCCCACUUCUGAUCGGUGGUAUGAUCGUACCCCUGGCCUUCGGAGCCCUGGCCCUCCUCGCUGGAAAGGCCCUAAUUGUCUCCAAGUUGGCUUUGGUACUUGCUGGUAUCAUUGGUCUGAAGAAGCUUCUCUCAUCAAGUGGAACAGGAGAAGCCCAUGAGGUGGUGGUCUCUGCUGGACACGGUGGAGCUGGUUGGAGCAGGUCCCUCGAUACACACGACCUUGCCUACAACGCGUACACCCAAUAA